AUGGCUUCUCCCAUUUUCAACGUCCGGAAACGCAACCAGAGAGCAUGUCGGCGCUGUCAUCGGCGGAAGCAAAAGUGCGUGGGAUUCCCCUCUUGCGUCAACUGCGAGGCUGCAGGUUUGCAAUGCACGAGAUCCGAAAUAGCCGGGUCACAGACGGUAGCGCAAAGGUACCAUGGUAUGUCAAAGGAUGUACUUUAUGACAGAAUCGAGGUUUUAGAGGCCCAAUUAGAGGCCAUUUCGAAGCAAUCUGCAGAGGGGCAAACAUCUGCUCAUUGUACCGGCCAACCGUCAUCAAAGGGCGGAGAUCUGACCGAUGUGAUGGGGCUAUUGAUGUCGGAAGAUUCAUUUCCAAGAAGCUCGAUUGGACGAGAUAUGGACUGGCAAUUUCUUGAAACGUUUAAGAUCCACCCCGAGGCGAGCAUUUUGAACCACGAUGGCGAGCAAGACUUUAUCUUAGACACACCCCGGCAUGACGAGCUUGCCCCAGUUCCGAGUCAUGCUGAUGGGCUGGGAUUCUUACGAACAUACUUUGAGACCUUCCAUAACCGGAUGCCGUUUCUUGAUCGAGCCGAGAUAUACCAAUUACAUGAGGAAAGACAUCAAUUGGCUAGCUCAACACCUCGACAGCAGUGGAAAUCUUUCAUAAUAUUCGUUAUCUACGCCAUCGGAGCUACGACACAGAUGUCGCCAAGCUCUACUUCUGACGCUCCAAGCAACUACUUCCGAACAGCUCUGCAGCUCAAACCGCCUAUUACUAAACUUCGCUCCUUAGAAAGUAUUGAAGCAAUGAUGUUGCUCAUCAUGUACAACCUGAGAUCACCAACCAGCUCUAAUAUCUGGUACAUGAUUGGGUUGGCUAUGAGGGCAACAAUUGACCUAGGACUGCACAGAGAGGUCAAUUACCUCAUGUUGAAAUGCGAUGAUGCGCAAAGGAUGCGCAGACUGUUUUGGAGCGUUUAUCUCAUGGAUCGCAGUAUCUCCCGACUUCUCGGUCGACCCUUCAAUAUCGCUGAACACGAUAUCAACGUGGCAUUACCGGACAACAAUGAUAUCUCCUUCCAGAUGUUUUCUGAUCCACAAUCAGCGUUUAAAGGGUAUACACAGUGUGAACCGACCGUUGGGGCUUUCAUCCCCUCCAUUCACCUAGUCCGUCUCAAGUCACAAAUUCAGAACAAGAUCUAUAGAGCAGAUAAGGAGGCCCGACUACUGUUCCAGGAAAUUUUCCCUUUGCUCGCUGCUCUGGAAGAGUAUAAAGCGUCCAUGAAAUUUCAGCUCCCGCCUAUCGAAAAUGACUGGAUACACAUGCACUGGAACAACGGCAUUUGCAUGCUACUAAAGCCAUUUCUCAGCCUGCUACACCCAGAUCAUGAACUUAUACACACUUGUCUGAAAGCCGCAGGGAAUAUGUGUCGAUUCCUGAAAGGUCUACAUCAAAAGGGCUAUAUCGGAUUUGGCUAUAUCCUAAUCAACAUCUUAUUGAAUGCUGGACUUACAAUGUGGUCGGUAGAACAAUCCUCAUGUCUUUGCCCCAGAAAAUCUUUGCUUACUCCGGCUUUUAGCUCCUGUCUUCUUCGAUCGCCGAAGCACUACUCCACUACGGUUGCAGAUGAUCUGUGUGCCUGUUCCUCCGUUUUAUUUGCAGUCACAGAACGCAUGAACCACCUAAAAAAGUAUCGCGACACUUGGAAGGCCACCGUCGCUAAGGUCAUGAAACAUCUUGAGCAUAGUUUAAAUCAUUCACAGCUAGUGGGUCAGGGAAGCUUCACAAUGCUGAACUUGGAGGACGACUGCAUGGUAUCAGGGGUGAGCAAUCUGGCUGCCCCAGAUGAUACUGGCAGCCUUUUCCAGUUCCACUUUGAUCAGUCUCUCAGUCAUGUCAGCAAUUUAUUUGACCCCAGUACACAAUUGCCUCUCCAAAUGCAACUAUCGGGUGGAAUUCCUGCUGUUGACGAUACGCAGCUCGACUUGCAAUGCAUCUUCAACGACCCUCAGGACUGCCACUGUGAAGUCCACAGCAACUUAGCUCAACUACAGCCAUUUGGAUUGAGAGAAAAUCAGCCUUGCGAUUGGAUCCUCUCAGAGACUUCCUGGAGCGAACGCGAGCUGGACUUUCGAAUGAUUGAUGAACUGUUUGGAAAUAUUAGGGCUGGGGGGGUGAACGACAUUCAUGUUAGAGCUUUCUCCCUCUAG